AUGUUUUGCCUUCGCUCAGCCUCGUCUCUGCACUCGGUCCGGCGAGCUGUUCAAUUGCCUCGUCCACCUUCUCCACAGAUUCGACACUUCCACCCCACGAAACCAGCGUCCUUCUCCGUGAUCAAUCUUGCGCUAGACACCUCCAGCGCAUUCAUUCACGGUGUCCACACCGUAACCUUCCUACCCUGGGUGCUCUCAAUUCCCCUCACGGCCGUGAUUGUCCGUACAUUGGUAGCAUUUCCUCUCCAAAUAUUCACAAAAUUCCAUGCAACCCGAGAAAAGCGCCUACAACCACUUUUACAAUCAUGGGCUGUCUUAUACCAAGAACGGUCGCGCCGGAUACCCAAUAUCGUGGAAGCAAAAAAAGCUUUGGAAACCGCUAUGAAGGAUCGAACAAAGGAGCUCCACCGACGCUGGGGGGUCAACACAACCUACCGACCCGUCACUCUCUUACAGCUCCCCGUCUUCUUAACGCUGAUGGAGAGUUUGCGCGGCAUGUGUGGCAAUAACAACGGUAUCCUCCUCUGGCUUCUCUCGUGCUGGGAGGGCUCCAUGGAUCCUGCCCAAGCAUCUGAGUCUCUGCAUCUUACCCUCGAGCCCAGUUUCGCGGCCGAAGGCGCGCUCUGGUUCCCGGAUUUGUUGGCUGGUGACCAAACAGGUAUCCUGCCGGUCAUUCUGACAGCUUCAAUUCUGCAUAAUGUUACGGCUAAUUGGAAGAAGAAGUCUUUCGAGUCUGUUUCUGAUCUGCCCAGUUUGCAGAUGUACAGAGAGUCUUCUUUCAUUGGUCUGCGGUACUUUAUUCAGGUUAUGGCUGUUUAUGUUGGUGCUGCGAGCUUUUUCUCCCAGAUGCCGGUUGCUCUUAUGCUGUACUGGAUUACGAGUACCAAUACUGCUACGUUGCAAUCUUGGUAUCUGGAGAAUCGGGUCUUCAAUGAGAGGAAGCUCAAACAGUUUGAGAAGAAGUACAUUACGUUCGAGAAGAAGGGUGUCGAGGAUCCUUUCCACUUGAAGAACUUGCGCUGA